AUGUCUCCUAUGGGCUGGGUUUGUUUGGAUUUGAAAAAUGAUAUCACAGCUCUACUUUUUUUUUCAUCAAGUUUCUCUCCUGGAAUUCUUGCUCGUCUUAUCCAAAAUGCAUGCAUCUACAAUUUCUCCAUUCCGUUAUCCUAUGAACCAAAAAAACAAUCAAGGGCCGGUCCUUAUAGCGACAGAUGUGGGUAUAUCGAUUCGUGCCUUCCCAACUUCCAUCUUCCGCAUUUCCCAAACGAACAUAACAAUACAGAAAAAAAAGCAUUCGUUAUGUUCAAAGCGCACGCCCGCUUAAACAAUAUAGUCGACUCGUUCAACUCCUCCACCCUCGUCCCUUUUCCCACACUAUCCUCCCUUCAUUAUUCUUCACUACCUCCCCCCAUUCAAGGCCGGAGCCCCCAUCUCCACCCCAUCUCCUUCCUCUUUCACCAUCCUAACCACCCCUCUCUUCUCAGCAGCCUUGCGCUUCCGCGACCGCAGGUGUCGACGCAGCGGCACUGUGAAGGCUCCGAUUGCCAGGAGAAUAAUGAAGACGCCUGCGAUGCUGGCGCCGAUUUUCACGCCCGUGCUUGGGCCGUCGCGGCGCGUUAG